AAACGGUAUUUUGAAGAAUGAACUCUCCCGCCUUAACAACUAACUCUCAACCCUUUCUUCUACACCAAAACCCAAACCAUUUUACUUCUCCUAAUCAAACUCUCACAACAAAAACACAACAAAUCUCCCAACAAACCAACAACAACAACAUAAACCCCACAGUUCAAUGGACCUCCUCUAUAUCUCGUCACUGCCGCAACGGCCACUUACCCCUAGCUGCUUCAGAGUUCUCUCGCAUGAGACUAUCUGGGGUCAGCCCCAACCACAUCACUUUUGUGUCCCUUCUUUCAGGUUGUGCUGAUUUUCCAUCAGAAAGUUCGUCUUUUGGUUUUCUGAUACAUGGACUUGUUUGUAAACUUGGCUUGGAUAAAAACAAUGUGAAAGUUGGCACGGCGGUUGUCCAGAUGUAUGCGAAAUUCGGUAGAAUGGAUUUGGCUAAUAUGGUUUUCGAUGGAAUGGGAAUGAGGAAUUCGUUUUCUUGGAAUACGAUGAUCGACGGUUACAUGAAGAAUGGGGAUAUAGAGCGUGCAGUUAAGCUGUUUGAUGAAAUGCCCGUCAGAGACACAGUAUCGUGGACUGCAUUGGUUAAUGGGCUUGUUAAGAGAGGUUAUGUUGAGGAAGCAUUGGAGUGCUUUCGAGAAAUGCAGAUGUCUGGGGUGGAGCUGGAUUAUGUGGCCAUUAUUGCGGUUCUUGCUGCGUGUGCUGACAUUGGUACUCUUGGUUUAGGCUUGUGGGUGCACUGUUUUUUCCUAAAGCAAGACUUUAAGGACAAUGUCAGGGUGAGUAAUUCGUUGAUCGACGUGUAUUCUAGAUGUGGGUGUAUUGAGUUUGCUCGUCAAGUUUUUCAGGGGAUGCAGAAGCGAACGUUGGUGUCUUGGAACUCAAUCAUUGUGGGAUUAGCUGUUAAUGGAUUUGCAGAGGAAACUUUGGAGCAUUUUAAUUUGAUGCAGGAAGAAGGAUUCAAGCCAGAUGCAGUCAGUUUCACAGGAGCACUAACUGCAUGUAGCCAUGCUGGUUUAAUUGAUAAUGGACUCCAGUAUUUUGAUAUUAUGCAGAAAGCAUAUAGAAUCUCUCCCGGGAUCGAGCAUUAUGGAUGCUUAGUAGAUCUUUAUAGUCGAGCAGGGAGAUUGGAGGAUGCAUUGAAUGUCAUAGAAAAUAUGCCCAUGAAGCCAAAUGAAGUUGUUUUUGGCUCAUUGUUGGCUGCAUGUAGAAGUCGAGGAGAUGUUAUGUUAGCUGAGAGGUUGAUGAAGUAUCUUGUUGACUUGGAUCCUGGUGUUGAUUCCAAUUAUGUGCUCCUUGCAAAUAUGUAUGCAGCAAUUGGGAGGUGGGAUGGCGCAAGCAAGAUUAGGCGGACAAUGAAGGGUCUUGGUAUACAGAAGAAACCGGGGAUUAGUUCAAUUGAGAUUGGGAGUAGCAUUCAUGAAUUUGUGGCUGGUGACAAGUCCCAUAAAGAGACGGAACAUAUUUAUGCAAUGCUGGACCUUCUGUCUUUCGAUUUAAGAUUGUAUGGUUAUGUUCCAGAACCUGUGGCCCGGGAACUUUAUGAAAAUGAUUAAACUUUUUGUCAAAUGUAUAUUUUAGAGUGUCAGGUUAGACUUCAGCUUCGGCCUUCAUGUAUAUUAUCUUGUUUUCUUGAAGGGAUGUGUACUCAAAUUUCAGUAGAAGUUUAUCUCAUUCAAGAUCGUGGAAUCAAACAAAUUAAAUUUCCCCAUGAUGCCAAUAAUUGAUCCAUAAAGACUCCCUAUCUUUUACAUUUAGUUAUGAAAAUGUGCCUA